UGGUGGCGGCGGCGGCGGCGGUGAGGGUGAGGAGGGUCGGGGGCCGACACCGGUUGGUCGGUCGCUCGCGCGCGGAGGGGAGCCCGAGGCGGAGCGGAGCUCGAGCGCGAGCCACAGGAACAUGUCAACAUCGGAUGCAGCGAAUGGACCAGGACAACAAGCGUCUUUUCAAAAUGCUCCUCCAAUGAUUCCACCACCUUUUAUGGGACCGCCUGGUAUGCCUCCACCUUUUCCACCCAUGGGUAUACCACCCAUUGGCCAGAGACCACCAAAUCUGCCACCUUUGCCACCGGGUAUGAUGCCACCGAUGAUUCCGCCAAUGGCAGGGCCGCCAAUGGGACAGAUGCCAGGAAUGAUGCCUCCAAUGAUGUCAGGAAUGAUGAUGUCCCGUAUGCAAACUGCUUCCAUACAAGCAUCGGCACCGCCAGGAGUCAGCACCACGGCCACAGAAGUAACUUCAGCUCCAGCGACUACUGUUGUUCAGGUUACAAAUCCUACAGUCUCUACUGUUCAGCAAGUUUCAACAGCAACUGCAACUCCAGUGGAAGAGCAGCCAAAGAAGAAAUCCAUUUGGACUGAACAUAAAUCUCCUGAUGGAAGGACCUAUUUCUACAAUUCUGACACAAAACAGUCAACAUGGGAGAAGCCUGAUGAGCUGAAAUCCCAUGCAGAGCAAUUGUUAUCAAAAUGUCCGUGGAAAGAGUACAAGUCUGAUACUGGGAAACCCUAUUAUUAUAACUCUCAAACAAAAGAGUCUCGAUGGACUAAACCCAAAGAAUUGGAAGAACUGGAAGAUAUGAUCAAAGCUGAGGAAGAAAAUGGAAUAAAGGAGGCUGCCACUGCAGCAACCUCUACUCAAGAGGCAACAUCAACUACCACGGCAGAGGUUGUGGAGAAUGAAGUUACAACCACCGUUGACAAUGAAAAGCAUCAGAUGGCAGCUGUGGAGCAGUCAGAACCUGAACCCUCCAAUGCUCUUUCCCAUCCGAUAGAAGAAGCCACAAAGCAGGAUAUUCAGGAAAAUGAUAUUCCAAAAAAAGAAGAGGAGGUGAAGAAAGAGCCAGUCCGGAAAACCUAUACAUGGAACACCAAAGAAGAGGCAAAGCAAGCGUUUAAAGAACUCUUAAAAGAAAAGGGUGUUCAGUCGAAUGCAUCAUGGGAACAAGCAAUGAAGAUGAUUAUAAAUGAUCCCAGAUAUAGUGCAUUACCAAAACUUAGUGAGAAGAAACAAGCCUUUAAUGCAUAUAAAAUACAGACUGAAAAGGAGGAGAAAGAAGAAGCCAGACUUCGAUAUAAAGAAGCUAAGGAAAAUUUUCAGCGGUUUCUUGAAAAUCAUGAAAAAAUGACAUCUACUACCAGAUAUAGGAAAGCUGAGCAGAUGUUUGGAGAGACUGAGGUGUGGACUGCAGUUCCUGAACGGGACCGACAAGAAAUCUACGAAGAUGUUUUGUUUUUCCUGGCUAAAAAAGAAAAGGAGCAAGCAAGGCAGUUAAGGAAAAGAAACACCCAAGCACUGAAGAAUAUACUUGACAACAUGGCAAAUGUUACUUACUGCACUACGUGGUCAGAGGCACAACAAUAUCUAAUGGAUAACCCAACUUUUGCAGAAGAUGAAGAAUUGCAAAACAUGGAUAAAGAAGAUGCCCUGGUUUGCUUUGAAGAACAUAUUAGAGCACUGGAGAAAGAGGAGGAGGAAGAGAAGCAGCGGGGAUUGCUUAGAGAGAGGAGGAGACAGCGCAAAAAUAGGGAGGCUUUUCAAGCGUUUUUAGAUGAGUUACAUGAAAGUGGUCAUUUACAUUCGAUGUCUACCUGGAUGGAACUGUACCCUGCUAUCAGUGCUGAUAUUAGGUUCUCCAAAAUGCUGGGACAGCCUGGAUCCACUCCUCUUGAUCUCUUCAAAUUUUAUGUGGAAGAUCUGAAAGCACGUUUCCAUGAUGAAAAGAAGAUAAUAAAGGAUAUUUUAAAGGAUAAAGGUUUUGCGGUGGAAGUCAAUACUACCUUUGAGGAAUUUGGAACCGUAAUCAGCUCAGACAAGAGAGCAGCUACACUUGAUGCUGGUAACAUCAAACUUACUUUCAACAGUUUGCUUGAGAAAGCAGAAGCUCGAGAACGUGAGAGAGAAAAGGAAGAAGCUAGGAAACUAAAACGAAAAGAAACUGCUUUUAAAAGUAUGUUAAAGCAGGCAACACCUCCGCUUGAACCAGAAUCCAACUGGGAUGAGGUGCGUGAAAGAUUUGUAAAUGAGUCUGCUUUUGAAGACAUUACGGUAGAAUCGGAAAGAAAAAGACUUUUCAAAGAAUUUCUCCAAAUCCUUGAGCACGAAUGCCAGCAUCAUCACUCAAAAAGCAAAAAACAUUCUAAGAAGUCGAAAAAACAUCACAGGAAACAUUCUCGCUCUCGUUCAGGCUCAGAGACCGAAGAAGAUGAUUAUCACCAUUCUAAGAAAAAGAAACGGUCUCAUUCAAAGUCUCCUUCGGACCGCUCAUCCAGUGAAGAGUCGGAGCGAAGUUAUAAAAAAUCCAAAAAGCACAAGAAAAAAGGCAAAAAGAGAAGACGCAAGUCUGUGACUCCUGAAUCUGAAGGAGAGCGAGAACGAGAGCGUGAUCGUGACCGGGAAAGGGACCGGGAUAGAAGAGAAAAGGAACGAAGCAGGGAUGAUGAAAAAGAAAGAAAUCGAAAUAGAUCACAAUCAAAACACAAAUCACCUAGAAAGGCCACCAAUAAAGACACGGCUAAUUGGGAUACCUCUGACAGUGAGCUCAGUGAAGGAGAACUGGAAAAACGAAGGAGAACACUCCUGCAACAACUUGACGAUGAUCAGUAGCUAACACUUGUAUGAAUCAACUGAGCCGAAAGUUGGGUGAGAAAAGCAACCUUUUCAACUAACAAACUUAAAAGGAUGACACGUAAUUUUAAGAGCUUUGUUCACCUGUUGUAAUUUUUCAGGGUGAUAUGAUUUGGGUAACAAAAAUAAAUCCCUCACACUUUCUUUGAAUGGCAGUUAGCAAGUUUCUUUGAGUAAAUCCUACUGAUUCCCCCAAACUGCCAAAUUCAAGUUUGGCCAAUUCUCAUGUACUACUGUACAUACUGUUCAUCAUGAGACUUACACCUCAUUCAUAGUUUCUUAAACCUCCGCCAUAAAGAAAAAGCAGAGAAGCUGUUCUCUUUCUGUUGCUAUCUUUAUAGCAAAGAUUCUGAUGUCAGAAAUUGCAGGCAAUUCACUUGAGGUUUUGGAGAAUAGACUUGAAGACAUCCUCUGUGCUAUUUUAUUUUUAGACCUUUGCCUAGCAAUUCCUUUGCUUCCUUUUCUAUUUAGGGACUCGCCAAUAAACAUUGGUGUUUUAUUUGGUUAAAUGUUAAAUUGUUCGUUAUUGAAAUGAGUGGAAAAGGAAAUUCACAAAAUACAUAGUUAUAUUGCAGUUAUAUUCUGUGAAGCGCUUUGAGGCGCUAUAUCAAAUGCAAGGAUUUUAUUAAUUAUUAUUAAUGGUGAUGAAAAUUUAAACUAGCUGGGCACUGCUCUGAAGAUAGUGUGGUACUGUGCUAAAGUCCAAAUGGAGAGUAAGCUACCUGCUAUUUCUGACACAAGUAGAUUCCUAUUGUAUCAAACUAAGGUCGCUGUUUUACAUACACCUUUUGAGCAGUCCUUUCAAAUUCCUGGACAUUAAGAGACUUAAACAUGCAUAAUUGCAAAUGACCCAUUGCUAAAUGUAUUGAAAUGAAAUAACAUUAGAUAGUCGUGCCAUAAAAAUAUAGCAGGAUUUUUUUUGCUAUUAGUAAUUCAAAACUAAAUUCUUUUGGAAAAUCCUGAUGGCUUUAAUUCCUGUUUUAUUGUAAUUAUUAACAAUUUUUGUAAUUUCUUCAAGGACAUUUUUAUUGUAACUUGUCUUUGUCCAGUUUGAAAAAACAUUCUGUGCAAAAAAGAAAUUCCUCAGUUUUGGAAGCACGGUGCAGGAAGAAGAACCUUUGUACUUAUAGCAUAAUUUGUUUUCCCCAAGGAGUACUACAAAUUUUAUUGACGUUGUUCUAAAAUUUAAAAUUUUUCCAAGGCAUGACAUGCAGCAGAGGGUUUCUUUUCCAUCUCUGUAUAUACUUGUGUCUGAAAUACUUAAGCGUUGCUCAGAAAGGGAGCAGGAUAUUUUUGUAUGUUUUAUCACAGAAACAUUAAAAUUUGUUUUCUGCUGAAAGUGUCAGCAUCACAAUGUUGGAUCUAUUGCUUGAUGGGUAUUAGGUUCACUGACAUUAAUUCUUGUUCCUCAAGUCUCCUGCACAAAAUUGCCAUCUGCAUAGUCCCUGGUGUAAUGAUUUCCUGCUGAACUGCUCUUUCUGACACUCCUUUAUGUCAGGUAGGUUUAUACAGUCGUCUCCUCAGUAAUCUGUUCCUACGCAGACAGCAAUAGUGAAUCAACUCAUUUACUUCAGUUGGAAUUACAGGCCGUAUUGCUGGCAAUCAAACACCUACAACACUGAAGAAAGAUAUCAAAGGCACCUGUUUGCCUGCAACAUUGGUUAGGUUGCAUUGAUUGGUUUGAGCCUUUAGCCUUUCUGUCCCCACUCUCUGGAACUUAAUCCCAGAGUCCCUUUGCCUUGCCCCAUUCAAGGUCAGUCGCAAGAGAACAAGCCAAGUGCUCUCUCUAGGAGUCUUCAUGCAUUCUUACAAGCAAAAUUUGCCCAAAUAUCAGGUUACUUUAUUGAUUGGGAUAUGCAAAGACAUUGCUUUAAAAGUACCCCACAUGAGAUAUCUUUAAUAUGUAAGAUGGAUUAGAUGAAAGUAUUAGGUCUUCCUCAAACAUUUCACAUAAUGUAGUGCAGUACUUGAUGAGAUAGUGGGAAGGAUUCAAAAGUGAAACCAGUAUGUCUAUCUUAGUAUGGGGAAUCUUGUGUGCCAAAGAUUUAUGGUAUACAGUUGAGUACCUUUGCUAAGUAAAUGCUGGCAUAUGAUUUCAAUGCUAAACUUUAACUGUUAGGAUAAUUUCACAUAGGUGGGAGGGGGAUUGCAGGGGGGUAACAAGGGUUUGUAUGGUUGUUUAAACUGAAUGAUUUUAAGUCUGUAUGCAGGACGUCGAGAGUUGUCAUUUAAUAAAAUGUGCAUAUCUUUUCCAAAA